AUGAGUGAUUUCAGUUUACGCCAACUGAUCACCGAAUUUCAAACUAAGGAUAAAGAUUCGCAUGUCGAGCUGGAUAAUCCUUCACAACUCAUCAAUAAUGUCAUCGACCAGUUGAUUACAUCAUCAAGCCAAUUGAAUCCCGAUAUAUUUGAGUCAUUGGCAGAUCUAUCUUUGAAUUAUAGCAGUUUAGGUACGAACUUGCAAACGCAACUAACAGAUCUUGUUGUUUCAUCAUUCAAUGCCAUACUUCAUCAAAUAGAUACGUCCUUGGUGGAUACCUUACAAUUCUAUCAAUUACAAUUAGAGCAAUUCACAUAUUUGAUGUAUGUUUUAUUGACCUUUAUUGGAAACUCAAUACAUGCAAUUUCCCUAGCUAUGUCAAAUAAAAAGAAAAAUAAUGCGUCAAAGGAAGAAACACAACUGUUUAAAAAUUGUUGCAAUCAAAUAGAAUCAAUUGGUAAUUUAACUGCCACCUUAUUUGAUAUGAAUCUUCCCUUAAUUUUCCAAAUCAGAACUGAACUUAAUGAAUUUUUAUCUCUAUAUAUCAAACAGUUUAAUUCUUUAUUACAAUACGAACAAUUAAUAAAACUACCAUCUUUAAAAUUAUAUUUCAUUAGAAAUUUAACUUUGUUGACAAUACAACCAAACAAUCAGCAUCAACAGAUCGAAAAUUUAAUUAUUACAAAUUUAUUAGAUACCCAGCAUUUAUCCAAUUUUUUCCCUGAAUUUUUAGCAUAUUUGAAUGAUAAUCAUGAUUUUAUACGAUUGACGGAUGAUGUAUUAAAAGAUAUUAGUAAUAUAGAGUUUAAUUCAAAGGAUACGAAUGGUCCAAAAUCUAUUUCAACUUUUUUGAUUAAAUUAUCAGAAGUUUCACCUGUAUCAAUGCUAAGACAAAUGGGGCAUAUUAUUAAGCUAUUGAAUAAUAGUUCAAUGACAUUAAGAUGUGCAGUUGUUGAAACUUGUGGGAAUAUUGUCAUUGGUAUAUAUAGACAAGUUUCUGUAGGUGAUAUCCAACAAUUAUACCUAUCUAAAAUCGAAACUCUAUUGGAUCUAUUAAAGGAAAGAUUUUAUGAUUCAAAUCCUUACGUUAGAACGAAAGCCAUUCAAAAUUGUUAUAAAUUAAUAGAUUUAAAUCUACCACUGACAAAUUUAAAUCAUUUUAAAUUACAACUAUCAAAUUAUUCAUUAAUAUCUUUAGAGGAUAAAUCUCCAUUAGUACGUAGAAAUUCAAUGAAAUUAUUGUCUAAAUUAUUAUUAAAUCAUCCAUUUAAUAAUAAGAAAAUUGGUUCUCAAUUGAAAUUGACGUUUUGGAAGAAUUCUCUUCAAAAUCUAUUAAGUGAGUUUACAAAAUUAAAUGAGAGCCAACAAAAUGAAAAUGAAACAAAAGAUAAUGAUAAUUCUUUGGAUCAAACUGAUGCUUUUGAAAAGGAAAAUCAGGCAGAUAGGAAUCUCAUUGUUAAGAUGAGGUUAUUGAUCCAAUAUCAUAAGGAUGCUAUUGAAUUCAUUGAAAUUAUACAUAAAGCAAUUAACAUUGGUUGUGAUUUAAUCUUCUCAAAGAAUAAGAAUGAAGUUAUUGAAGCAAUGGACUUCAUAGUAUUGACUAACGCUUACGAUAUAGAUCCAAGUACUUCUGCUAUUAAAAAAAUGUUACAUUUAGUCUGGAUGAAAAGUACGAAUGAUGUCACCGCAACUCAAACGUCAACAUCAAUUGCAAAUAAUGCUACACCAUCUACUACCAGUACAGAUAUUGCAUCUCAUUUAAUAUAUUGUUAUAAACAAUUAUUUUUAACCGUACCACCAACCUACACGACUAAAGAAAGAUCGAAUUUAAUAUCGAAGAAUUUAAUUAAUUUAACUUUUAACACUUCUGCUGCAGAUUUGGCAUCUUUGGAACAAUUACUGAUACUCCUAUAUAAUGAUAGUGUUAUUGAUGAUAAUGUUCUUACAGUUCUAUGGAGUAUUUACAACAGUUGUAAUAAUACACAAAAUAAUAAUUUUAGUAAAGAAUACAUCCAUGGCUCUAUUAUUAUAUUGGGCAUGCUUUCAUUAGCAAAUUCAGAAAUUCCUCUUAGAGGAUUUGAUUCACUUUUAGACGUUGGUUUAGGCCCUGCAGGUUCAGAAGAUUUGGAGCUUUGUCGUUACACAUGUAUUGCUAUCGAAAGGUUAAUACCAAAAAAAAGCAACUCUAUAUUACAGCCAUUACCAAAGAAGCAUGAAGAUAAGGCUGUAAAGAAGUUAUUUAAUAAAAUUAUUGAUUACACUUCAAACGAGCUAUAUUACCCAAUGUGUGAACAAGCAAUCAACUCAUUAUUCAAAAUCUCUUCUGCUCCAGAUGUUAUAUCUUCAAAUAUUUUAAAAGAGAAAUCUAUGAUGACAUUUAGUUCUCCAAAUGGGGAUAAUUCCUUAAUUGUUACUAGUGAAUCGAGAAUAAUUUCAUUAACCCAAUUAUUAUUUAUUGUUGGUCAAGUAGCUAUAAAAACUUUAGUUUAUUUGGAAAACUGUGAAACUGAAUUUAAAAAGAGAAAACAUCAGCAGGAAAUGGAAAAAUCAAGCAAAAAUUCUAACUUAGGGGGCUUAGGCCCAGGGUCUAUAGCUACUACAAAUAUUAUGAAAGCAGUAGACACUACCACUGAAAAUGAUUCUGAAGUAGAUAAUGAAUUGGCUAUGAUAGGUGGUGGAACCAACGAAGACGAUUUUACGGAUGCCAUUAAUUCAAUUAAAGAAAUAGAGCUAUUAUUUGGUGAUAAUUCUAUUUUAGGUAAAUUUUGCCCCAUUGUUGAAAAUAUUGUCUCUAAUAGUAAUAAAUUUACGGACCCCAUGUUGCAAAGAACUGCUACGUUGUGCCUUGAAAAAUUGAUGUGUAUAUCUUCCAGAUACUGUGAAAAAAACCUACCCCUAUUAAUUACUGUCAUGGAAAAAUCACCGGACCCAAUUAUUAGAUCAAACGCAGUUCUUGGCUUAGGUGACAUGGUUGUUUGUUUCAACAAUUUAAUUGACGAAAAUACAGAAUAUCUUUAUAAAAGGUUACAUGAUGAAGAUUUAAUGGUUCAAAGGACAACUUUAAUGACUGUGACGUUUUUGAUAUUGGCUGGACAAGUUAAAGUAAGAGGUCAAUUAGGUGAAAUGGCUAGAUGUCUAGAAAAUCCAGAUCAAGCCAUUAGUGAUAUGUGUCGAUUAUUUUUUUCCGAAUUAUCUACAAAGGAUAAUGCAAUUUAUAAUGGGUUUAUUGAUAUUUUUAGUAACCUAACAAUUGAUCAAUCCUUACAAAAAGAUGGGUUUAAGAGAAUCAUCAGGUUUUUGGUUUCGUUUAUACAAAAGGAAAGACAUCAAAAACAAUUAAAUGAAAAACUUGUUGGCAGACUAAGUAAUUGUACGUCAAAAGAACAAUGGGAUAAUAUUGCCUUCGUAAUUAAUACAAUUCCAUAUAAAAGUGAAACUUCUACUGCAAUUCUAGCAGAAGGUUAUAAGGAUGUUACUUCAAAAUAG